AUGAGAUACAAUUUGAUACUCGCUACUGUUGGCCUUGUCCUUCACACAUUCAACGCAUCUGAAGUUCUCCAUACUAUUCAUGAGACACCCACUCAUCACUGUUUGAAUAUAGCAGAUGUAGUAGAUGAGGAUAACUAUGGAAUUAUUGAUGAGAUUGUGAAUUGCAACUUGAAGCAUUCAGACAAAUGUCAAAAGGGAUUAUCAUUAACCAAGUAAAACUUUGACUGCCACUAAUUGCUCGCCUCUUUACUUUUUAACGACAACUUCAAUGCAAUAACCUAUUCUUAUUCCUAGAACAAGCCUAACUUGAUGAGGUAUGUCGCAGACAAUAUCGGCCUUUUCAGUUUAGAUGAUCCAGAUUUCCUUAAUUACUUUGUUUACGAUGAUUUCUUCAGAUCAGAUAUCUUUGAGAUCGUUCUAGAAUCACUGCUUGAAAACCAGUAUAUCAUGGACCAUAAAAUUGGACUCAUCGCUAAUCUGUACCAGGAUAUCCAGGUAAAAUUGAUGAUACACACCCCAGAUGCAAAUAAGGAGGAUGUAAACAAAGCAAUUAAGACAGUUAAAUGCGCAAUGUAUGACGAGCUUCUUAAGGCUCAAUAUGCUAUGAGUUUCUCGUUAGCAGGUAAAAUUUAGUUUGACAGCCUUCAUCACGAGAUCUUCGCCAACGUAUAGUUCCCAGUGAUUGAUAGAAUGCUCUAACUUGCUAAUAAUAACUCAUUCGUCUAUAUGGGACCAGUCUUGACCAAAGAGCUCAAGGAAAAAUACUCUAAGAAACCAAAGAAGGACGAUGAUGACGAGGAAGAAGAGGAAGAUGAGGCCGCUAAUGAAUAGGAAAGCGAGGAAGAUAAGAAACACAAAUACUCUCAACUCGCUAAGGCUAGAAUUCUGCCAGUUCCAAGAGAACAAGUCAGCUAUUUUGUUGCUUAAGCUAUUGACAAUCUAUUCACUUCAGCCAAAAAGAAAGAUGUUAAUGUUAAAGAGUAUGUAGAGUUAUUUGAAGAAGUACUUGCAAAAUAGGAUAUUAUAGCUGAGGGAGCCAAAGCAAGGGAGCAUGUUUACGAGCACAAAUAAAGAUGGUAGCCAGUUUUGUUCGGAACUGAUAAAUUCGAAGGCCUAUAAUAUAUCCUUCACAGCAUUUCAGCAAACUAAUGCCCUCUUCAUUAAGUGAAUAGAUACAGGGGCAGAAUUGAGACUCAAGCCAAUUUCUUGCAGCCUUCACAGAAGGUAGCUAUGCUUAAGGUUUUGGACUAGUAUCUUAACCCAAAGCCAAAGGAGCCUGAGGUAGCCACUGAAGCAGAGAAGAAAUCUGAACUUUGA